AUGGCAUCCGCGCUAAGCCGACUCGACAAGUUUCCCGUCAAACCACGGAUCAUGUGGUGUAUGUUUUGCUUAGAGUGUAGCGUGGAAAGCUUCGAACCACGCUCGGGAAAGCCACUGGAGAUCAACUGCUUCUUAGAAAACCAUGAAACGAGCGUGUGCCGUGCGUGCUUCGGGGAGGGCUAUUCUUAUUGUAAGCCGGCGGCGGCUGGGAUGCUUGGUGAUGCGCAAGAUCUUACAGAUGUUCUCGAGUGGGUGGAAUCUCUGCUUUUCAGUGGCACUGACGAAUAUCGCGUUGCGGUCUUGACUGCAGUUCAGCGGCUUUGUGCUUGCUUUGUUACUGCGGAGGCGGAGCAUCGGAAAUUCCACGGAAUUGGCGAGCUUUGUGGUGAUGGUAAUUGGAAAGAUUACCACGCGGUUCUCGCUCAACGCCGUCAGUUGGUCGGCUACGGCGAGGAUGGCCAUCUCAAACCCUUACGUCUACUGCCUGGGGAUGAUGGGUAUAUGGCUCUUGCGGCAGCAAAGCAACGCUUUUGGGAGUACAUUCAGCCCAUAGUUAAGGAACAGCACGGCAAAAAGGGGCAUCCUGGUGACGAGUAUUGCCCCUUUCCCCGAGUGUUGAGUAUGCUCUAA